AUGGCUGAAGUGAGACUGAAGAUAGGAUAUCGUGUCGAAGUAACAGGAAAAGAUGUUGUGGGAACAGUCGCUUUCGUCGGAACAACACAAUUUUCUGCCGGAAAGUGGGUAGGAGUAAUACUAGAUGAACCGAAAGGGAAAAACAAUGGUACAGUACAAGGAAAACGCUACUUCACUUGUGAAGAAAAUUUUGGCAUUUUUGUUCGCCCAUCGCAGCUUACUCUUCUGGAUAGUGGCCAGGAAGCAUCGAGCAUAAUGGAGUUGUCUACAUCAAGCGUUCUGUCUGAAUCAGGCGCAAUUUCAGAAUCAAGUACAUCAAAAAUAUCUCUAAAUGAAACUCCCAACCGUACUGGUUCGACAACUUCUUUGUCCACAGGUUUAAAACCUCCAGAAGUUCUUAAAGGUCCAUCUGAAACUAGAAAGAUAUCACAACUUCCAUCAGCUGGUCUAAUCCAGAUCUUACACGAAAUGUUGUACCACCAGCUUCAAAGACUAUACAAUCUGGAACUGUCUCCACGAACGCUGAAAGCCCUGCUCGCAAGUCUUCUGAAAGUAAAUCUACUACAGAAGCUGCUCAAUCAAGUGAUAUCCUUAGUAAAUCUGUUACAUCAGAUUUCAAAUCUGAAAGCCCAAUUCGUAAAGUGA